CGUCCCUGUCUCUGAAACAAAGCAGCACGCGUUGUGUAAACGUGAUUUUAGAAAUUACAUUUUUUUGUGCGUAGAAAGCAAAGAGAAACAUUUAUUUAUUAUAUGUGUAGCAAGCAGAGAAUUGUGCGCGUUCGUUUAUGCAAGUGUAUUAUUAAGUUUAACCGUUUGUAAGGGCUAUUGUGGAAUUGCAAUUAUAUAGGCCACGGAGCGAAUUUUGGGGCGCGUCAUACGCAUAUUUCUGAGCACGAAUAUUCAUAUAAAAGGUAAGUUCCAAAAGGUUAAAGUGCUUACACAAACACGUACAUACCAUACGUAACCGUUCAAAAUGUCCGAUGCGAUGAGCGCUCCGCCGCCCUUAAUACCCCAGCUGCAAGAGAUGCAGCAGCAGCAGCAGCAACAACAUCAGCAGCAACAACAACAACAACAACAACAGGUAGCAAAUUCUGCAGCUGCUCAACAAUGGAGCAACUACGCCUGGUGGCAACAACAUGGAAAUAAUGCUGCCGCUUAUCAGCAACAAUAUCAACAAUAUUAUCAAUACUAUAUGCGUUAUCAGCAACAGCAGCAACAACAGCAGCAGCAGCAGGUAACAUCUACGAUCAGUUCAUCAAAUGCACCGCCUGGUUUUAGUAAUGCCCUGGCGGCACCACCGCUACCCACGGCACCACCGCCACCCCCUCCACCACCUGCGCAGUCAGGUAAUAAUAAAAAUCAACAACAGCAAAAGAAUUUUGGUGGCAUACGCUUCAAUUUGAAUUUGAAUCAGAAACGUUUGGCAAAUGCGCCAAAUCCUCUGCAGCAGCAGCAGCAACAACUGCAACAGCAGCAGCAGCAACAACAAACCAUACCCAUGCAACAACUCAACAUGUAUAAUAAUAAUAAUAACAAUAAUGCAAAUAACAACAAAAAGAAGCGCAAGCGUAAUAAUAAAACCAACAACAACAAUAACAAUAACAGCAUGAAUAAGCAGCAACAACAACAACAUCAGCAACCGGCAACUGGAUAUGAACAGACGAAUGUCAGUUAUAUAGGCAUGCCUCUAAAUCCAUUUGCUGCUCCAUCAGUGCCACCCACUCCUGAUCUAAGCAAGCCACCACCCCCUUUACCCACCAUGGUAUCACCAACAGCAGUUGCACCUGCUGCUGCUCCACCACAACAACAACUACAGCCACAGCAACAACUACAGCCACAGCAACAACAGUCACCAACAAUUGCUCAGGAGCCACAGCAGCCAAAGCAAGCACAACCUGCAACAACAGCAUUUAAGCGUCCAAAUAGUUGUUUCCAAAUGAGCGCGAAUGAUUCUUGGCCCGAUUCACUUAAUCAAUAUGUGGCACGUUGUUAUUUCAAGUGCACCACGGACUUGGACAAGGAUCAGAUAGAUAUUUGUUUAAAGGGUAAAAUAAUUGCUGCAGCCAAUCGCAACGAGCUCUGGACUCGCGACUGGGACAAUGAACCCAUGCCGACGGUGCACAGCGAACGCGAUGGCAUUGAUGUGGUUCUGAGCAAUGUCACCUUACCACAACCACAACGCAGCAACUAUUUUAACAAGAAACAGCAGCAGCAACAGCAGCAACAACAACAACAACAGCAGCAAAAUUCAAGUUCGACGCCAAAGCUGAGCCAAAAGUCGCCAAAUGUUAAUCAAUUUAAACAGAAGGCAAACGCCUUUAACAAGUUUGGCAAUGGCGGACAUUACGGACACGGACAUCAACAGCAACAGCAACAAUCGUCGCGCUACUCGAGGAGUCGUUCGCGUUCGCCUACGUCGUCGACAUCGUCGACCUCAAAAUAUAACAGCAGGAAGCGUUAUUCCCGUUCCCGAUCGCGUUCCCGCAGCAGCAGCACAAAUAGUCCCCCCGCCCGCAAGGUUCCGCGCAAGGCAGGCUCAAAUGAUUCGCUGGGCAGUGAUUUUAUACCCAUCAAUUCGAAUUUGUCAAAGAAACAGCAGAAAUUAUUGAUGAAAAGGAAUAAGCGUGCUGCCGCAGCAGCUGCAGCUGCCACAGCGUCAUCGUCUGGUAGUGGUGGGGGCAAAAAGAAGACGCCACAUUUUUAUGCCACGCAUUCGUCGUCGGUGGGCGGUGCCGUUGAUGAUGACACAGCGCGCUUGCAACAGCGUGCGGCACGUUUCUCACAGUCGAGCAGCGGCUCGUCUAAGAAAUCUGUCGUCGCAAUUGCAAGCUCACCGUUUGGUCUCACUACGGCCAAGCACAAGAAGAAAUUGCAGGCCGCGUCUCGUGCAACGUCAUCCAUGUUCUACGAGGAUCAUGAGGGUGCGGGUGCAGCAGGCAUAGAUUUACUCGAUUUGCAUAUAGUAGGCACAUGUAGGGAUUUAGAAAAGUCAUUCUUGCGCCUGACCAAAGCUCCAUCUGCAUCGGAGGUGCGACCCGUUGAGGUUCUCACCCAUUCGCUGGCCAAUGUGAAGGGCAAAUGGCGAACGAAUCAGGAUUAUCAUUAUGCGUGUGAUCAGUUGAAGUCUAUACGCCAGGAUCUCACUGUCCAAGGUAUAAGAGAUAAGUUCACAGUUGAGGUAUAUGAGACGCAUGCACGCAUUGCCAUGGAAAAGGGAGAUCACGAAGAGUUUAAUCAGUGUCAGACGCAGCUAAAGAUGCUCUACUUGGAGUUGGGCAACAGCAGCAAUUCGCUUGAGUUUACCGCUUAUCGUAUCAUCUAUUAUAUAUUUACAAAGAAUACCUUGGACAUAACAACUGUGCUGCGUUCGAUAACAGCUGAUCAGCGCGAGAAUCCUGUCAUUGCGCAUGCUCUACAAUUUCGUUCCGCUUGGUCGCUGGGCAACUAUUGUAAACUCUUUGAUUUGUACAAAACAGCGCCGCUCAUGUCCGGGCACAUGAUUGAAUGGUUCCUCGAGCGAGAGCGCAAGGCGGCACUUCGCAUAAUUAUUAAAUCUUAUCGUCCCAACAUUAGCGUCGACUAUGUCAGAAAUGUUUUGGCCUUUGAAAGCACUGAGAAGUGCAAAGAGUGGCUAGACACCUUUAGUUUACCCUAUGCCGCAGAUGGCGCUCAAAUAGAUUGCAAAAAUGCUGCUGCUAUUGCCAUUUGAAGUCACAUAAUGGGUCGAGUCCGUUUCUGGCGUUUUAUUCAACCUACAACCAUUAUGUGAAGUGGCAAGCAAGUGAGGGAACGCUCCAUGAUGAAAAGAAUACACAACUAAAUACCUACACUCGAUAUCCGUUUAACAAGUGUUCAGCUCAACGAGCAGAACAUGGCUCUGGCGGAAUCGAUGCGCCUACCUCUAUAUCUUUUUAGGCCCUUUCCCCUUUCCAACUCUCUGUAUAUAUUAAUAUCUGAUUAAUUAGCGCGCGUGCCCCUGCGUAUAAUUUGGGAAGUGCUUUGCAUUAGUAUGCCCCUGAAAAUUGAACUAUUCUAUUACACAUUUUGCCCCUCCUCAAAUGUAUCCCAGUGCGGUUAUCCUCUUCGUAAUUCACAUUGAAAAGCGAAAUACCCUGUCGAAUAAUGAAAGACCAAUCACCUCGUCGGCUCACACGUAAUCAAGGACUUUCAGCUUAAUAAUUCGCCCGCAAGUGGACAAAUUUUCAAAGGAGCUCGCCGCAAAGUAAAUCUCUACCGAAUUCUUCAUAUGGAUGAUCAGCACAUGGCAGCAUUAUGGAGCUCUUCGUCGAUUUUAUAGGUCAACUAUCAGCGAAGGAAAUGCUCAAAGUCAUCAGCGACUCGGCACAAGGUUGAAGCACUGCUCAAAUCAAAAGCUGGACCGGCAUUCAGAUGAACAGAUUGAUCGUUGGACAAGUCAACUAAAUAAUCUGUUUUAAGGUUCAACUCUGCAAGAUUCCGGAGGCUUAGACGGGAUUGAGUUUCAUCAGACUCUCCUGUUUGGACUUCGCAGGCUUUAGGUGUCUGGAUUCGUCUUGCAUUCGUUUUGAAUAACAAUGGGUGAAGGCGCUGAAUUUAUUUUUGAUUCUUGAAAAUGUUCCAGCCUAUGUGAAAAUUAAGAUUCAUAAGAGCAUUCAAGCAUCUAUAUCGAACUAUGAAAAGUGCAAGUGAUAAUGUGAACUAUGAACUUUAAACUAACUGAUAUGAAUUUGAGUGAACUAAAGCUUGAAGCAGAGCGAAUGUAGUCCCAAAUAAUUUAACUAGCCUGUAUGAUCAACUCUAUUACACCAAUUAACAACCAUAAUAUUAACAUCAACAAACAACAACAUAUAACACCUAAUACAAGCAAACGAAGAGUGUGUUUCCUGAAGUCUUAACAGAUGCCAAUACUUGGUUUUCUUUGUCUCCCCCCAUUUCAUCAUAUUUCCUUUAAAAUAAUUUUAAGAUAUAGAUUUAAUGUUUGCUAUUUGUUUAAAUUAUUGAAAAAAGGUUAUACUAAUGUCUUGUCUCUCUAUUGUAUACCUGUAUAUAUACAACAUCAACAACACCAUCAUCGUCAUCAUCAACGAGAGCUACGACAACAAUUGCAACAGCGCACUGCAGCAUGGGAAAGCGCCAAAAUUAAAAAAUAAUAAAACAACACACUUAUGCGAUGGAGUCAAAAGUAAUCUUCAUGAUGGCGGCAUCAACUUCUCGGGACUUGUAAGCUCUUCCAAUUUUAACCCAUGGAAAAAGGAGAAUAGAAAUUGUAUUAUAUAUGAAAUUAUUGAAUAUUUCACAAAUGGAAAUAUUAAUUUAUUAAAUAGCAAUUAAUUGGCUAUGUUGGUUAAUUUGUUAAGUGGGGCAUGUAUGGUAGUUAUAUAACUAUUAUAGAUUAGGUUACUCUUAAGCACAACUUUUUUGUUGUUCACUUAAGCUAAGGUUUAUUGUUGUAAUUCUUUUAAUUUUGAUGAAUGUUGAAAACAAAUUGAAAUCAAUUGAGAAUUUCAACGCAUUUUUCAACUGCUGAUUACAAGAAAUGCGUCUGUAGCAAGAGAAAAGUGAAAUAAAAAGCGCGCUUUUAAAAUAUAUAUUCACUAGAAA